AUGGAGGAGCAACCGCCACGAAAUACCAAUAUCUCGUUCCAGCCAUAUGCGAAUAGAGCGGUUAAGAAGCUAUCGCUGCCCGAAGGUGCGGCCCUCAACUGUGGACAUGUUGCCAUCAUGACCCUCGAAGCGGACGACCACAAGACAACAAGGUGUCUGCAAACCAGGAUGUCAAUUCUCUCCGUUCUGAGUGACCCCAUGUAUCCCGUUCUCUGGGGAGCAAAUCAAACGUCCUCCGACAUGGGCAUGCCAGCAAGCUCGAAGAUCGAGGGCAACGUCCCCUGCUAG